CAGCGUCACCGUUUCACUGCCUCUCCUCUGCUUUAAGAGGAGCUCUUCUCCGCUCUUUUAAGCAUAUUUCUCCUAGUCCGAGAGAAAGCAAGAGACGAUGGCAAGAACCAAGCAGACCGCUCGUAAAUCCACCGGAGGCAAAGCCCCCAGGAAGCAGCUGGCCACCAAGGCUGCCCGCAAGAGCGCCCCGGCCACCGGCGGCGUCAAGAAGCCUCACCGUUACAGGCCCGGUACCGUGGCCCUGAGAGAGAUCCGUCGCUACCAGAAAUCCACCGAGCUGCUCAUCCGCAAGCUGCCCUUCCAGCGUCUGGUCCGUGAGAUCGCUCAGGACUUCAAGACCGACCUGCGCUUCCAGAGCUCGGCCGUCAUGGCUCUGCAGGAGGCCUCAGAGGCUUACCUGGUGGGUCUGUUCGAGGACACCAACCUGUGCGCCAUCCACGCCAAGAGAGUCACCAUCAUGCCCAAAGACAUCCAGCUGGCCCGCCGUAUCCGUGGAGAGAGAGCUUAAAUCCUCUGAUCAAUACACUCAACCCCCAACGGCUCUUUUAAGAGCCACCUCACUACAAACUAAAGGGCUGUCCUUUUUAUAUGUCAGCUCAGACUCACAAUUUUCGAUGGGAAAGAAAAGCGAAACACAAGAAAUCUUUCUUAUCCUAACUAUCAAACCACUGAUGUCUGGUUGAUUAUUACAGCAGGCCUAAUAUGGCUAAUAUUGUUGCGUUUUUUCCUCUCUCUUUGCACAUCAAUCCGGUUAUUGAAUGAUAAAUAUGAACCAGGAAGUUAAUAUACAACGUUAACCAAACUCAAACUUCACAUGGCCGUCAAAUUUGUAAAUUGACCCUAAAGAUGUCUAUUUUUUGGAGAUCUGUGCUCUCGCUCUCCCUACCUUUCUCCGGAUGUUUACAGUACAGAAACCCAUCCCAUCUGUCAUCAGUUAUUCUGCAACCUCUCCUGUCAAAAGUUAACGUCUGCCUUUGUUUAGUUCGUAAAGUCAGAACUCCAUAGUCCCCGUGCUGGUUCUAUUAGAACGGAUUUAAAGGUUUAGAAAAAUAUUUUUAAAAAAAAUAAAGAUUGUAAAGUAAAGUUAAAAUACUGAUAAACGUGGUAAUUUCAAGCAAAGAAAAAGUCUGUAGUUCUUGUUUUCAUAAAGUGCUUUAACUGUAAAAGUCUGCAUUAGGAAAUGUGUUUUCAGUAGCAGCUUGCCUUUUUAUGUCAAUUUAUAGAUAGGCCUAUACCUUGUUUGGUUGAAUAUUUUUCCCUUUUUAAGCUUAUUUUAAGAAUUUAAAAAAUCUGACACUUUCUAUUAUUUCUUUCAACAAGAAUACACUUGUAAUUUAUUCAG